UGCGCUUCCGGUCUAGUGAGUGUGUUAAGCGGCGCUCAGUCCCUUUUUCCCUUUCUUGGACUCUCCAGUAGCACAGUCGCUCUGACUGCCGACUCUUUUCUUCCUGAUCUCUCCGGAUCCCUUACGUUUUAAAUCACUGAGACCAUGGCCUCUUCGGCGUCUGCACAAGCACAAGCAAAUCCUGGCUCUUCUGCGCCAUUGCAAAGAGGAAUAGUGAAAAUGGUACUUUCAGGAUGUGCCAUCAUCGUUCGAGGUCAGCCUCGGGGGGGGCCUCCGCCGGAGAGACAGAUCAACCUCAGCAACAUCCGGGCCGGUGCCUUGGCACGGCGCGCUGUCCAGGGCCAGCCCGACACCAAGGACGUUCCCGACGAGCCCUGGGCCUUCCAGGCUCGUGAGUUCCUCCGCAAGAAGAUGAUUGGUAAGGAAGUGUGCUUCAACGUGGAGAUCAAGACCAACCAGGGAAGAGAGUAUGGGAUGGUGUACCUGGGGAAAGAUACGUCUGGAGAGAACAUUGCAGAGUCUUUGGUUGCUGAAGGACUCGCCACCGUCCGCAGGGAGGGGAUCCGUGGCACCAACCCAGACCAAGCCCGGCUCUGUGACCUGGAGGACCAGGCCAAGUCUGUGAAGAAGGGCAUGUGGUCUGAAGGAGGAGGGUCCCACACCAUCCGUGAGCUCAAGUACAGCAUCGAGAACCCGCGCAACUUCGUGGACUCCAUGCACCAGAAGCCUGUCAACGCAAUCAUCGAACACGUUCGUGAUGGGAGUGUUGUAAGAGCCCUUCUACUGCCUGACUACUACCUUGUGACGGUGAUGCUGUCUGGAAUUAAGUGUCCUACCUUCAAACGAGAGGCAGACGGCACAGAGUCUCCGGAGUCUUUUGCUGCUGAGGCCAAGUUUUUCACUGAGUCUCGGCUCCUGCAGCGGGACGUGCAGAUCAUCCUGGAGAGCUGCCACAAUCAGGUCAUCCUCGGCACCAUCCUGCACCCGAAUGGUAACAUCACAGAGCUGCUGCUGAAGGAGGGCUUCGCUCGCUGUGUGGACUGGUCCAUGGCGGUCUACACGCAAGGCGCUGACAAGCUGAGAGCGGCAGAGCGGUCCGCCAAGGAACGCAAGGUGAGGAUCUGGAAAGACUACGUGGCCCCCACCGCCAACCUGGACCAGAAGGACCGCCAGUUCGUGGCCAAGGUCAUGCAGAUCGUCAAUGCGGACGCCAUCGUGGUGAAGCUGGUCUCCGGAGAGUACAAGACCAUCCACCUGUCCAGCAUCCGGCCCCCCCGGAUUGAGGGGGAGUCGGCUCAGGAAAAGAACAAGGAUAAAGACAAAAGGUUUCGCCCCCUCUACGACAUCCCCUACAUGUUUGAAGCCCGCGAGUUCAUGCGCAAGAAGCUGAUUGGCAAGAAGGUCAACGUCACCGUGGACUACAUCAGGGCGGCCACUGCGGCCACGGACUUGGGCACAUCUUCCAUUCCCGCCUUCCCAGAGCGCACCUGUGCCACGGUCACCAUCGGGGGCAUUAACAUCGCCGAGGCCCUGGUCAGCAAAGGCCUGGCCACAGUCAUCCGGUACCGGCAAGACGACGACCAGAGGUCCUCGCACUACGACGAGCUUCUCGCUGCCGAGGCCAGGGCCAUAAAGAAUGCUAAGGGCCUGCACAGCAAAAAGGAGCUUCCCAUCCACAGAGUGGCUGAUAUUUCUGGGGAGACGCAGAAGGCGAAGCAGUUCCUGCCUUUCCUCCAGCGGGCGGGCCGCUCCGAGGCUGUGGUCGAAUACGUCUUCAGCGGAUCUCGCCUCAAACUCUACAUGCCCAAAGAAACGUGCCUGAUCACCUUCCUGCUGGCCGGAAUCGAGUGUCCACGAGGGUCUCGAAACAUUCCCGGGGGACAGCAGGAAGCUGAGCCUUACAGUGACGAGGCCAUGAUGCUCACCAAAGAGCUGGUGCUCCAGAGGGAGGUGGAGGUGGAGGUAGAGAGCAUGGACAAGGCGGGCAGCUUCAUCGGCUGGCUGCACGUGGACGGCGUGAACCUGUCAGUGGCCCUGGUGGAACACUGCCUUUCCAAGGUCCACUUCACCGCAGAGCGUAGCUCCUACUACAAGACGCUGGUGUCGGCGGAGGAGGGAGCACGGCAGCGCAAGGAGAAGAUCUGGGCCAAUUACGAGGAGAAGACCGCAGAGGAGAGCGUGCCGCCGAUCGAGGAGAAGGAGCGUGUGCCCAGCUACAAGCCAGUGUAUGUCACAGAGAUCACGGACAGCUUUCACUUCUACACCCAGGACGUGGAGACUGGUGCCCAGCUUGAGACCCUGAUGGAGACCAUGCGUGCUGAGAUCGCCACCCAGCCGCCGGUCGAGGGCGCCUUCACCCCACACAAUGGAGUGUACUGCAUCUCCAAAUUUGGUGACGGCGAGUGGUACAGAGCCAAAGUGGAACGGGUGGAGUCUCCUGCCAAAGUGCACGUCUUCUACAUCGACUACGGCAACAGAGAGACGGUGUCCUCCACGCGACUCGCACCUCUCUCCCCGGCCUUCAACAUCCGUGCGCUGCCCGCUCAGGCCACGGAGAACGCCUUCGCCUACAUCCAGGUCCCGCAAGAUGAGGACGCCCGAGCCGAUGUGGUGGACUGUGUGGUGCGGGACAUCCAGAACACGCAGUGCCUGCUCAACGUGGAGUACGUCGAGGGCAGCUGCCAGCACGUGACGCUGCAGUUCACUGACACCAAGGACGACGUGGGCUUGGGCCUGGUCAAGGAGGGCAUGGUCAUGGUGGACGUGCGGAAGGACAAGCACCUGCAGAAGAUGGUUGCCGAAUACCUGAAGGCGCAGGAGGCUGCAAAGAGCUCCAGGCUCAAUCUCUGGCGAUAUGGAGAUUUCCGGGCUGACGAUGCUGAUGAGUUUGGAUACAGUCGUUAAAACGCAUUACCAAAGACCAAGUGGAAGAUCCUCCCGCUAAAAUG